AUGGAGAGCUCAACAUCAAGUUCAAGUUCAAGCACGCCGCCACUUCGUUUUUAUCCAGAGUAUACAGAGAGGGAUGUGCUGUUGACAGAUGUGGAUGAGAUGGAGAGAGAGGCUGCAAAAUGUAAAGAAGAGAAGAAAGGGGCCCAAUCUGCAGCAAAGCAGAAAGAAGAACAAGGCAAGGAAAUUAGAGAAGCUGCAAUGCAGUCCCUCAAAAGAUCAGGUGAGAACGCAGGCCAGGAUGAUGCAGCCAGUCCAAAGAAGAGAAGAAGUGGCAGAGCUGACUUUACAACAUACUUUGAGAUGCUACGUGAAAAAAAUAACAAAGAUGCUGAGUUGAAGGCCAAGCAGUUAGAGCUGGAGAAAGAGAAAUUUGACUUGGAGAGAAGAGAAAGAGAAUUCAGGAUGGAGCGUGAUUCCCUUAUGAUGGACUUAAUUCGCCAAUUGAUUGACAAGAAAAAUAAUGAGUCAUAA